GAAAUGUUGUUGUUCACAGUCUUUCAAAUGUUGUUGAAUGCAAAAAUGGGAAGUUUGUUGUGUUCGUUCAAAACCACUGAGAAGUGUGAUAAGACGUAUUACGUGAAAGAAGAUGGCAGUGUUUGUGUCAAAAAUGUGUGUUCAGAAGGAAUAAAUAACGAAGAAAAUGGGAAGUGUGCACCACAAAUAGACAAUUGUGUAAAGUAUGUGAAUGGUAUGUGUGUCGAAUGUUCUUUAAAGUACUCAUAUGAUGGCAAUGUGAGUUGUGUUGAGCCAUCAACAGUUGAUGUGAAUUGUGGAAUGGCAAUUCCGGUAGGGUGUAUCAAAUGUGAUGGAAAUACCUUCCUGAAUGUAUCGACACACAAAUGUGAGACGUGCAACUCAAGUUGUGAAAGUUGUUUGAAUUCAACGAUGUGCCUGUCAUGUGUAGAUGGUUUCUUUUUGAGUGACCACAUCUGCAAAUCCAAUGAUGAGUUGAAUGACACUUGUGCACGAAAAGUGCCAAAUGGGAACGGCUGUUUGGUUUGCAAAGUUGGGUAUUACAAGAAGGGAGCAGAUUGUGUGCUGUGUGAUGUCAAGUGUGGUGAGUGUGUGACAGAGAACUCGUGUAUUAAAUGCAAUGCAACAAACUACAAAACGAGUAAUGGUGAUUGUCUUCCGCGUUCUUCGAUAUCGACGUGUGCCGUUGAAGUGACUGAAAGUGGCUGUUCAAUGUGUAAAGACGGGUAUUACACAGUCAAUGGAAACGAGUGUCAGAAGUGUGUUGAAGGGUGUGCAAAGUGUUCAGAAUCAACUCGGUGCACAUCAUGUGAUGACACAUAUGUGCUCAAAAGCACCAGUUGUGUGAGUUAUAACACCAUCACAAAGUGCACCAAAACAAAAGACUCAAAAUGUUCAUCAUGUACAUUUUGGUAUUCACCAAGUGACGAUGGCACAUUUUGUUCAAAAACGGCAGUGUGGUGGGUGAUACUUCUAAUAAUUGUCAUUGUCAUUUCAAUUCUUGUGUUGAUCACAGCGUUGGUCUUAUUUGUUAUGGUUAAAGUCAUUAAGCACAAAAGAGAUACCAAAAAAAUUACACUCUUUAAAUUGGAGCACACCAACAUGAAAUUUGUUGAAAUGACAAAUGGUCUGAUAAUUCACACCAAAAACGAAGGAUUUUUGAUCACCGACGAUAACUUGGACGAAAACGAAAUUGAUGUUAACAAACAAAUCAAGAAUCUGUUUUCUAUUGGAAACACAACAAACCAUAAAGUCAAGAUUCAGUUCACUUCUAAAUGUGAUAUUGAAAAAUACACAAUUCGUUUUGAACCUUCAAUUGUAACAAUUCCUCCAAAAUUUGCAUGUGAAUUUAGUCUAUUUCUUAGUCCAUUGUGUACAUCGACGAUAGACAGUACUUUUGUUGUUAGUUAUCUCUUUACCACGAGUGAUAGUACAACGUGUGCAUAUCAUGUGAAUUUUAAAUACACCACCAAACUAUCAACACGACUUGAUCCAGACGAGUUGAUUGAAGAGAAGAAACUUGGCGAAGGCUCUUUUGGUGUUGUGUUUAAAGGUAUUUUCAGAGGAAAUAUCGUUGCUAUCAAAAAGAUGAAAAAUUUUGUCAAUUCUAAACACCAAAUGGAAGAAUUUGAGAAUGAAGUUUCAAUGUUAGACAAGUUUAGAAGUGAAUUUAUCGUUUACUUUUAUGGUGCUGUAUUCAUACCAAACAAGAUAUGUAUGGUCACCGAAUUUGCACAGUAUGGCAGUUUACAAGAUUUAAUGAAAAAUAAAAAGGGUGAAGUUAUUAAAAUAAAACUUCGUGUUAAAUUCAUGUUCGAUGCUUCAAAUGGAAUUUUAUAUCUUCAUGAAAAUGGGAUGCUACACAGAGACAUCAAACCAGACAACAUCCUUGUGUUGUCGUUAGAUUUGAAUGGCGUGAAUGCAAAAUUGACAGAUUUUGGAAGUGCAAGAAAUGUCAAUUUAUUGAUGACUAAUAUGACCUUCACAAAAGGAAUUGGAACACCAAUUUACAUGGCGCCUGAAGUGUUAAAACAGGAAAAAUACACAAAAAGUGCAGACGUUUAUUCAUUUGCAAUAACCAUGUUUGAGUGUUUUUCUUGGGAAGAGGCAUAUCCUAUCAGUACAUUCAAAUUUCCUUGGAAAAUAGCCGAGUUUGUCUCAUCUGGAAAGCGUCCUGAUAUAAGUGAUACAAUCCCAAUUGUGUUGAAUGAAUUGAUACAAAAUUGUUGGGCACAAAAGCAAAAAAAGCGAUUAGAUAUUCAUCACAUAGAAAAACAGUUGCAAUUUCUGUUUAAUCAAUAA